GGCGACCGCCCGCGUCCCGGCCCAAGAUGGCGCCCGCGUGAGGGAAGGGGUGAUGUGUGAGCUGCUGUUUUUAAUGUGCUUAAGGGCCGCGGGUUCUCUCGGGCGCGGGGAGCCGCAGCGCUGAGGGGCAGCGCUUAAAAAACAACCAGAUCGUUCCUCCGCCGUCAUUGUCAUCGCAGCGGCCCGCCCGUGAGGCUACGGCCCCGCCCCGGGAGGUGCGCGGGGUGGCUGAGGGGUGGCGGGACCAUGGCGGAGGAAGGCGAGCGCUGCGACCCCGAUCGCGGCACGGCUCCCGUGGCGGAGGCUGGAGAUGGGGCUGAGCCGGACAGCCAGGCCGGGGAAGACCCCGCGGAGAGCCCCGACGUAUACAGAUACAUUAAGGGAGACUUGUUCACCUCCGAGAUUUAUAAAGUAGAGAUACAGAACCUGCCCAAAUACAUUGGGUUUAAUGAUGUGAAAAAGUUCCUUGCCAAGUACGGGCUCAAUCCUCACAAGAUAAAACUCUUCGGGAAGCAGACGUUCGCCUUCGUGACGUUCAAGAGCGAGGAGGAGCGGGACAAGGCCAUGCGGGUGCUGCACGGCGCGCUCUGGAAGAGCCGCCACCUCAGCGUGCGCCUGGCCAAGCCCAAGGCCGACCCCAUCGCCAAGAAAAGGAAGCAAGAAGAGGACUCGGAGCAGGGAGAGGCGAAGCGUCCGGCUCCCUGCGGAGAGGAGCCUCUGAGCAAGCGGAUCGCGGAUGUGGUGACCCCGCUGUGGAACGUGCCCUACGAGGCGCAGCUGGCCCAGAAGAAGCAGGAGUGCGAACAAGUGCUGCAGAAGCUAACAAAGGAAAUAGGAAAUAACAACAGAGCUUUACUACCCUGGUUGUUCCUGCAGAAGCAGAAGUUUAAUAAAUUAUGUUGCCCAGUGGAGGGAGUGAAAGCAUCACCCUUGCAGACUGAAUAUCGCAACAAAUGUGAGUUCUUGAUUGGGAUUGGUGUAAAUCAAGAAGACAAAACUGUGGGUUGUCGUCUUGGCAAAUAUAAGGGUGGUACAUGUGCUGUAGUGGAGCCAUUUGAUACUAUUCACAUUCCUGCUAUUGCCAAAAAAGUAGUAAAAGCUUUCCAAGACUACAUAAGGUCAACUCCUUACUCAGUGUACAGCCCCGAAACCUACGAAGGGCACUGGAAACAGCUCACGGUCCGCACCAGCCGCAAUGGCCACAUCAUGGCAAUUGCUUAUUUCAAUCCUCAGAAAUUGAGUAAAGAAGAGCUAGCUGACUUGAAAAUCUCUCUGGCAAAAUACUUCACAGAAGGGAUGGGAAAGAGCAGUGGUGUUACUUCCCUGUACUUUGUGGAGGAAGGACAGAGGAAAUCUCCCAAUCUAGAAGACUUGCCUUUGGAGCAUGUGGCUGGUGAUAAGUACAUAUAUGAAGAACUCCUUGGCCUAAAAUUUAGAAUUUCUCCUCAUGCAUUUUUUCAAGUGAACACACAAGCUGCAGAAGUGUUGUACACUGCCAUUGGGGAGUGGGCACAACUGAGCCAAGAGAGCACCGUCCUGGACAUCUGUUGUGGGACAGGAACCAUUGGGAUUUCUUUAGCAAAGAGAGUGAAGAAGGUAAUUGGAAUUGAGCUCUGUCAGGAAGCUGUGCAGGACGCCAAAGCAAAUGCCCAGAUUAAUGAACUGAAUAAUAUUGAGUUUUAUUGUGGGAAGGCAGAAGAUAUUGUUCCUUCCCUAAUGAAUGUUUUAGCUCCUCAGAACCUGAUCACAAUUGUAGAUCCACCACGAGCAGGACUGCAUUCCAAGGUAAUUCUUGCCCUUAGAAGAGCUGAACAUCUGAAGAAGCUCAUCUAUGUCUCCUGUAAUCCCAGAGCUGCAAUGAAUAACUUUGUGGACCUGUGCCGGGCCCCUUCCAACAGGGUGAAAGGAGCCUCCUUCCGGCCCGUGAGAGCCAUGGCUGUGGAUCUGUUCCCUCAGACCAGGCACUGUGAGUUACUGAUCUUCUUUGAGAGGGUGGAAUAUGCCAAUGGCAGCUCUGCAGCAGCAGCACCUGCUGCCAGUGAGAUCACAGCAGCAGCCUGUGGCACUGAGGGUGAGGAUGGCAUCAGCCCAGCAGCCAGCGAGGGGAGCCAGGCAGCUGCUGGCCAUGGGGACUGCAGUCCAAGAGAGGGCUCACCUUAACUCCUGAGACUUCGCAGAAACUACUUUUGCUUUUUAACUGCAGCGGUAACAUCACUUCUGUAGCACGCAGACCAAACCAAAAAAUGGUUGCAAGAGAAGAGUUCCUGCAGUCACCCAGUGAACCCCGUGUGAAACCCACAAAGCAGUACUUUCACACAGCCACACUACUUCUUUUGUGCUUGGCUUAAUAAAGCCUCAGAUGACACAGUGAGUACUGCCUGUUUGCCAGGAUUGUACUUUAGAGUAGUUGCAUAUUUGUGAUUUUCUUAUUUAUGAGUAUAAUUGGUUAUGGUCUCAUUCUACUUAUUACUCUAGGUCAUAUUCCAAAUCUACAGUCUAGUUUUCAUUACAGAAGUUACAGACUUUCUUUAAAAACUAAAAAUGUAAUUAAAAAAGUAAAAAUAAAAACUUCUUAAAAAUCUAAAUUGCUGCA